CUGAACUCUCUCUUCAUUCAUAUGACAGUGAAUGCAAUACUAAUGAAAUUGUAUUUGUCUUAAGCCUUAAAUACCAUAAGUAAUAGACCAUUGAAUAGACCAUUGAUUUGAUAGGAAUUCAGUGAUCAGUGAAUCGCUAUCUGACUCGAGAGUGAUAUAAUUGAUUGCAUUUGUGGUAAGAGUGGAGACCAUGUAUUCGGUAUCGAAAGAGCAUAAGGGAAACAAGAUCUUCGCCAAAACCAGAAGAGGUAUACCUCAGAAGUUGGAUAACUUGGAGACCAAUACGAGAGACAACAACAAUGGCUUCCGAAGAGACCUCAACGGCUUUCAGGCCAACGAUUGUCUC